GAGGAAGCGCCUGGGCUCCAUGAUCUCCUCCGAACAAGGCUCCGAAAACCGUAACUCUGAUAUCAGCUUUGAGUCUUCAAGUGCCAGCGAUCAGUACAUGUCAGGCGGUAGCACCUCCCCUCAGGAGAACGAUGAUGAAUACAUUGCAAUGCAAUCUGCUGUUGAUCCCGAAUACUUACAAAUGCAAGCACCUUCCGAGCCUACCUACAUCUCACCAGCUGACCCGCCAACAUUCGGACAGCAGCAAUCUUACUCUGACAUUACCAUUGAAGAGCUAACGGACCCUAAUGGGAGAUUCAUCAAGAGAAGUGUUGAUAUUGUGAGCGAUCCCGUGGGAUAUGGUUUUGUAAUCAGAGGCUCAAGACCAGUUUAUGUACACACAGUCGAUCCUAGUGGACCAGCUGCCAGUAUAGGACUACAGGUAGGAGAGAAUAAAGAGAGAGAGAGAGAGGGUGACGGAGUUUUUAAAGUGGGAGGGAGGGCAAAGGGCAGGCAAGAAAUAAGCCACUGAAUCAAGAAAAUAGAGAAUAUCACAUUGUGAUUAUAUGCUAGGUUUUGUACAGGAUUUCAGCAUAGUGCUCAUACAGGUUUGAGUUACUCAAAAAUCAGGCCAAAGUCCCUGUACUAUUAUAGUACAG